AUGACACAGGAGGCGAUGACCAAGUUUUUCGAAAUGAACUACAAAGUGGUAAAUUACGACUUCAUGUCAAGACCGUACACCUCUGAAGUCGUGGAUUAUCAAUAUCCAGAGGAUUAUACUUCACCAAAAUUCAAAGUGUAUGAUGGACAAGGGAAUGCGCGAGAGCAUCUUAGCCGACUUAUUGCUUCUAUGAACGACCGAGCCACUGAUGGGAAGUUGUAUCUAAGGGAGUUCCUAAAAUCGUUGACUAAGACAACCUUCACUUGGUAUGACAACCUAAAGCAGGGAAGCAUCAUCUCAUGGGUGGACCUGUCCACACUCUUCCUCAGAAAGUCUUACUCUGCAAAAAGGAAAGUCACGACCAUCGGCUUGAGGAAAUGUAACCAGCGACUAGAGAAAGACGUAGGAAAGUAUAUCACUCGGUUUUGCCACUUCGCACUGAACUGCCACGAGGACAUUAAAGAAGAUUCACUAGUGGAGAUCUGCGUGCGCGGAAUGAUACCAUGUUUCAAGAAAAUCUUGGUAAACUUUCAGUUCCCAGCCUUCGUCGAGAUAGAAGAAGCUGCAGCAAGAAUCGUUGAUUGCGUUGAAGAGAGCAAUUCGGAUUACAUAUGGCACAACGCAGUAAACACUGUCUCAACUACGCCAAGAAACACUCGCGCAAAUAACAAGCAAGAAGGCUGGGGGGCGCAAACGAAUCAUUCGUACAGGGAUCAGCUGCUCCCUCCUCCAUUACCUUGUAGCAAAGAGCAGAUUGUCAGACUCCUAGAACAAUGGGUGGAAAACAAAGAAAUUCAGUUGCCUCCAACAAGAGCAUACCCCAGCGAUAUCCACAAAAGCGAUGCCAGGUACUGUCAUUUCCAUCGCAGAGUACAGCACCCCACGGUCGACUGCUACAACCUAGGGAGAAUGUUCCAGAAAGUAGGCGAAAUUGAAAUGGGAGACUCCGAGGGUGGAAAGGUAACUCAAAAUCAAGUUAUGAUGCUCUCCCACGAUCCCAGUGGAGACGAAUGGAAACCGCGGGAAGAGAAGGAUGAAGUAGGCGAGAUUGCAGCGGAGGAUCCGUGCGUUUACAAACACGGAUGGCGUGGCUAG